CGUAAAUAAAAGAGUACAUCUAAAAAAGUGGGCAUUAGCUGGCUGUGACAACAUGUAACUGAAACCCCAAAUCACAUUAUCAUUUCAAAUGAAUAAAAAGAAUAAUGGGAAAACUCUGUUUGAUCGUUCUCCAGAGCUGAGCUGUUCUCUCGUCGUUUUGAUACUCAGUCGCCGGCAAGUUCUUGAGAGAGAAACAAUAAGAGAAACAGUAAGCAAGAGAAAUUUUGUAGUGAGAGAAAAUGAUUUUGAAUGGAAUUGAAGAUGAAGAGAAAUGGCUUGCAGAAGGAGUCGCCGGCGUUCAACAGAAUGCUUUCUACAUGCUCCGUGCUGUGGAUUCGGAUAAUCUCAGAGAAGCUCUUAAAUACUCCGCACAAAUGCUUUCUGAGCUCCGAACUUCAAAUCUAUCUCCUCACAAGUAUUUUGAGCUCUAUAUGCGCGCUUUUGAUGAAUUAAGGAAGCUUGAAUUGUUCUUCAAGGAUGAGAGUAGGCAUGGUGUUUCAGUGUCGGAUCUUUAUGAACUUGUUCAACAUGCUGGCAAUGUGUUACCGAGGCUGUACCUCCUUUGUACUGUCGGUUCUGUGUACAUCAAAACGAAGGAGGCUUCAUGUAAAGAUAUUCUGAAAGACCUUGUCGAGAUGUGUCGUGCAGUUCAACAUCCUAUUCGUGGCCUUUUCUUAAGAAGCUAUCUUUGUCAAGUCACUAGAGACAAGCUUCCUGAUAUUGGUUCCCAGUCUGAAGGGCUUGGUGAUUCUGUUAUGGACGCUGUCGAAUUUGUGCUGCAAAAUUUCACGGAGAUGAAUAAACUUUGGGUUCGAUUGCAACACCAGGGGCCUGUUCGCGUGAGAGAGAAACGUGAGAAGGAGAGGAAUGAGCUUCGUGAUCUUGUUGGAAAGAACCUGCAUAUACUAAGUCAAAUUGAAGGUGUUGAUCUUGAUAUGUACAGAGAUACCGUUCUUCCCAGAAUUCUAGAGCAGGUUGUUAAUUGUAAAGAUGAACUAUCACAACAUUAUUUGAUGGACUGCAUAAUCCAAGUGUUUCCAGAUGAGUAUCACUUGCAAACGCUUGACAUAUUAUUGGCUGCUUGUCCACAGCUUCAGCCAACAGUUGACAUCAAAACAGUGCUGUCUCAGCUGAUGGAGAGGCUUUCAAACUAUGCAGCAUCAAGCACAGAAGUAUUACCUGAGUUCUUACAAGUGGAAGCUUUUGCUAAACUGAACAAUGCCAUUGGAAAGGUUAUUGAGGCACAAAUUGACAUGCCAAUUGCUGGAGCCAUAACUUUAUACACUUCACUUCUUAUGUUCUCUCUGCGUGUUCACCCUGAUCGCCUAGACUACGUGGAUCUAGUUCUGGGUGCUUGUGUCGGGAAACUUUCUGGGAAGCCAAAGCUUGAAGACAGCCGAGCAACAAAACAAAUUAUUGCACUUCUAAGUGCUCCAUUGGACAAGUACAAUGAUGCAGUUACAGCAUUGACUCUUUCUAAUUAUCCUCGCAUCAUGGACUACCUUGACAAUGAUACUAACAAAGUUAUGGCAAUGGUUAUCAUACAAAACAUUCUAAAGAACUACACUUGCAUUUCCACUGCUGAUCAAGUAGAGGCAUUAUUUGAGUUGAUCAAAGGGCUUAUCAAAGAUAUAGGUGAUGGCGCAGUGGAUGAGGUUGACGAAGAGGAUUUCAAGGAAGAACAGAAUUCUGUUGCUCGUCUUAUACACAUGCUGUAUAAUGAUGACCCUGAUGAGAUGCUGAAGAUUAUAUGUACUGUACAGAGACAUAUCAUGACUGGUGGACAUAGACGGUUGCCCUUCACUGUUCCCCCUCUUGUUUUUUCUGCUCUCAAGUUGGCCCGGAGGCUACAAGGACAAGAUGGUGAGGCUGAUGGAGAAGAAGCACCUGCUUCUCCUAAAAAGAUCUUUCGGUUAAUGAAUCAGGCUGUUGAUGCUCUUUCAUGUGUUCCUUCUCCUGAUCUGGCAUUGAGACUAUAUUUGCUAUGUGCUGAGGCUGCCAGUGAUUGUGACCUAGAGCCAAUAGCCUAUGAAUUCUUCACCCAAGCAUUUAUACUAUAUGAAGAAGAAAUUGCGGAUUCCAAAGCACAAUUUACUGCUAUACACCUUAUAAUUGGUACGCUACAGAAGAUGAAUGUGUUUGGCGUGGAAAAUAGAGAUACCCUGACACAUAAGGCAACCGGGUACUCUGCGAAACUUUUGAAGAAAGCUGACCAAUGCAGAGCCGUUUAUGCAUGCUCUCAUCUCUUCUGGGUAGAUGACCAAGAUGGUACCAAGGAUGGAGAGAGGGUUUUGCUAUGCCUGAAGCGUUCUCUACGAAUCGCAAAUGCUGCUCAACAGAUGGCUAAUGUGACACGUGGAAGCAGCGGGCCAGUGACCUUGUUCGUAGAAAUUCUAAACAAGUAUCUGUACUUCUUCGAGAAGGGAAGUCCACAGGUUACAAGUUCAGCUAUCCAAGGUCUCGUUGAGUUGAUACGAACUGAAAUGCAGAGUGAGACGUCAACUCCAGAUCUUGCCACCUCCGCUUUUUUUAACAGCACAUUGCGAUAUAUCCAAUUUCAAAAACAGAAAGGCGGUGUUAUGGGUGAAAAGUAUGAUCCAGUUAAGAUAUAACAGGCUUCUUUUGUGAUGUACAAAAGCUUCGUUGUAUAGAGAUGAUGGGUACCGGAUACCUGGUUUCGGGAAGAUGAAACAUGUAUGGACAGAGGGAAAGGCCGAGGGGGGUAGUGUGGCUGCCAAACAUGUUGUUGCUUGCUUGGCUAUGUUCAUCGAUUCGUAUGUACAUCUUUUUGUUUUUGUUCAAUUUUAAACCUAGUAUUGUUUUUUCUUUAUUUGCUUCUGUACAAAACGUAAUGGUAAAUUUCUCUUACAUGAUAA